CGGCCAGCAAACCUCGCCUGCGCCAUCACCCCCACCGCUGGGCCUCCCGGGUGAACUAUCUCAGCUCCUUUUCCCAACAAAGGCUCCCAAAAGCUGGUGCCAUGGGGAGGUUAUCUUGCUUGCUGAGCAAACAGAGAGAAGCUUAUAAAAGCCCCUGGCAGCGGGGACCGUGUACUCUGCAGGCGGCUCCGGUGCAGCUGAGCAUGGACGCCGGUUCCCGCAGCGCCCGGCUCCUGGCCAUCCUCCUCCUGCUGGGGCUGUGUGCCCUGACGGGGGCCCAGAAGCCCGCCGCCUGCCGGUGUUCACGCCAGGACCCCAAGAACCGGGUCAACUGCGGAUUCCCGGGCAUCACCAGCGACCAGUGCUUCACCUCGGGGUGCUGCUUCGACUCCCAAGUGCCUGGGGUCCCCUGGUGUUUCAAACCCCUCCCGGCGCAAGAGUCUGAGGAGUGCGUCAUGGAGGUGUCCGCCCGCAAGAACUGUGGCUACCCGGGCAUCAGCCCCGAGGACUGCGCAGCACGCAAUUGCUGCUUCUCCGACACCAUCCCCGAGGUGCCCUGGUGCUUCUUCCCCAUGUCCGUGGAAGACUGUCAUUACUAAGAGGCCAUGGCUUCAGAGAACCCACCAGGCUCCUGGAUGUUCUGAAACAAAAGAAGACUAUUCAUCAUCUUAUAAUUUCAGGUUUUGAGUUUCUGAAAUUCCUGGGUUUUCUUAAUCUGCUUCCCCCUCUGCCCUUUUCAAUGGUUUAACACAGAAUUUCUUCAAAUAAAGAAAACACUGAAAAUCUGCUAAA